CACAAAAAUGUAUGAAAAUGAAACACAUAUAAAAAAAUGAUGGUCCACUGAUACAGAAUAGUGAUGAUAAAACGAUUUUCAAACCAUUUUUUUUUUGAAUGAAAAACACUUAAAUUUGGAUAAAUGUAAUAAAAUUUGAAUAAAAAGUGAAGUGAAUUGUGAAAGAAAAACGGACACCACUAUAGGCUGUUUGGCAUCAUUAACAUAAAAUGGCAACCACAAUAUCAAUUGGCUCGCCAAAUUGUAUUGGACGAUGCCCAACAGAAGCAACCAAACCGUUAAGCCGCGUUGAACGAACAAAAAGUUUCCUGAAAGCGAGUCUUAUCAAAAGAUGGAAAAGUUCCAAAGAGUUAUUCUCGAAUUUGACGGGCAACGAUAGCGGUGGUAAACCCACACGAAAACAAAUCGAAAAUAAAUUACAAAAUGGUAAAUUCAUCAAUGAAAAAGUUCUAGACAAUUUGGAUGAGUUUGAGCGAAAUUUUUUAUUGUCGGCUGGCCGAAAGAUUCUUGUACGUGAAUUGCGUAAAAAUUUCGAAAAACCGCCAUACAAUAACAUACAAACGUCGGAUAUAAAGGAUAUAAAUUUAGGCAAUAAUGUCAUACAAUGCAAUGGUAACAGUAGCCCAGCGAAAACGAAAGCAUCAAAUUUACUGGCGGCGCAACCAAAACGAUUUGCAAAUGCAAGUGUACAAACAAUUCCAAACUAUGACGAUGAUUAUGGUUAUACGACGAAAGCAAUAACUCCAAAACAAAACCAAAAAAAGCCGCUGGUAAUGCGUCAUUCGUUUUACAAUACAUACCGAAAUGAAUAUUGUGCAUGGCAAAAUAGUCAUUAUGCAUCAAAUUUAUCGUUAAUUUCAUAUGGUUAUCCAAGUACAAGCGAAAGAUGUUUGGAGAAAACCAUCAGUAAGUACAAAAAUUCGAUAAAAUCAACGUCAGCUGUUGAUCUAUCAUCGAUUUCAUCAUCGGUGGUAUUGAAUUCAACUAGAUCGCAAUCGACUGCAAUCGAUCAAUCGAUUGAAAAAUCAUCGUCGAUGCUGAAACGACACUAUAGUAGUAUAGUCAACAUAAGCCAUUCGAAUUCCACGCAAAAUUUAACGGAUUCACCAAUCAUCGACUACAGCUAUAACUCGAUCGAUACGAUGCCUUCAACAUAUGCUGUGGUCAAUAAACCGAUGCAAAAAAAUGGUCAACUGAAACCAACACAUUCAAUAAAAAGCUUAAACACCGUCUCAUCGACCAUCCAUGAUGGAAUUAACAAUGUACAGAUUCGUUUUCGUAACGGUGAUGAUGAUACAAAGUCAUUGAUCGUAACAAGUACAUCGUCGUCCAUUUUAUGCGAUAAUCCACAAAAUAAUGAUCAUUCUACGUGUCAUUUCAAUGGAUUUGUCUCAAAAACAGAUCUUUAUGGAUCAAAUAUCACGUUGGACGAUACAAACACGAACAAUAACAAUAAUAUUAACAACAACAAUAAAAAUAACGAUAGCAAUAAUUAUGAAUAUAGUUCGCUACUAAAUUGCCAUACUAAAAAUAUAAAUAUGAACAAUUAUAAAACCAUUGAAACAAACGUGAGCCAUAAUAAUAAUCAGGAUGGAAACAAUAAUACAACAACAAAGAUUCGAAAAUGCUACAGCAUCAAUCAAAUUGAUUUGAGCCUAUUGAAAAAUGAACUUGAUGAAUACAUUGAUCGCGAGUUACGCACCACCAAUUUUGGCCGAAAUACAUUGGCACAGCGCCGAAGUCAAUUUGAAUGCAAUUUUAAAAAGGAAUUGGAUUUGGAGCAGAAAAUCGACUUGGAGAUAAAGAUGCGGGAAGGCUCUGCAAAGCUUCUAGCAGCAUGUAACAACAAUCCAUACACGGGUAAUUUAACAUCAGCACAAAAUACACAAAUUUUAGAGGCUGCCAAAAAUUUACUGACAUCAAAUGAACGUAUGACAGCCUAUAUGGCUGAAUUGCAACGAAGGAAACGCGAUCGCAGCGAAACGGUUAGCAAAUUAACUGCAAAUAAACAGAAAACCACGGCAAAAGUUUCGUUGAGCGAAAUUCGUAUGCCGUUGAUGUGGCGCGAUACAGAUCACUUCAAAAAUAAAGGAGACCAUCGUCGAUUUGCCGUAUUCUGUUUGGUUCGCAUUGGUACCGAUAUCUUUGACACAUCACUUUUAUGUCCAGUCGAUAGAAGCCUUACCGAUAUAAGUUUCAAUGAUGCAAUUCUAUUUUCAAAUGUCGAACCGGAUUUCGAAUUAAAGCUUGAAGUGUACGCAGUUAUGAUGGAAACUGAUUUAACCAUAGCGUCGACGCCGCGUAAAAUCAAAAAUACCAUUCAUAGUUCGAUAAGCCGAACGGUUGGUAAGCGGCUCGCGUCAACAUUGAAAGAUGAACUAAACAAUGCCAAAAUAGGUCCCAAAUUUGAGCUGAUCGCAACUGCCACACUAACACUUUCUGAAGCUUCUGAUCUACCACAUACGCAUGACUUGACACUGACCACAAACUAUCCGGCAAACAAUAUGAAUAACAACCAAUUUAAUAAUAAAUUGCCUUUGUUUGGUCAUUUUUGUUGUCGUCUAGCUGUACAACCGGAUUUCAUAAAAAACAGCUACUGCGCUGGAAAUUUAGAAUUAUUAUCGUCAAACGAUAAUCAAUUGUAUGGCGUGUAUGCAAGAUUACAAGCGUUUAAAUUGGCAUAUUGGGAAAAUUUGGAGGCAUUUGAAAAUAAUUUAGAACCAAAACAUGCGAUUGAAAUCACACGUGAUACGAAAGCAAAACGACGUGGAGAUUUGGAAAUCGUAAUAUGCAACAUGGAAGAGGGAAAUAUAAAGAAGUAUACUUUCCGAACGGCAGAACCGAUGGAAGCAUCGAAUUGGGAAAUUGGACUCAAACGGGCCAUCAGAGAACACUUACAAUGGAAACAUGUUAUGCUUAGUACACCAAUGCAGCUAACAACACCCGGAACAGAAAGAAACUACUUUUCACGGUCGGGACGCCAUGGAUCGUUAUACGAUCAAGUACCAAUUUUACAUUCACGAGAAUCGAAUUCACUCUAUUCAAGUGUCACAAACGAUAAAGGAGACAAAGCGGAGUCACCAAAACUUAGAAACUUCCGUAGUCGUGCCAAUUCGUCGUCUAGCAUUAAUACAGCGAUUAGUGGCAGUGUGUCAUCGAUGAUAAGCAUUUCUAGUUCAAAGCGAAGCCAUUGGCCAUUCGGAAAAUAAAAAUAAAUGAAUUUUUUUUCACAAGAGGCAUUACCAGUGACUGCACAUUUUUGAUUAAAUUACGCUUUUACGAUUGAAAAUAUUUAAAUCUUUAUACUAUAAGUUUGUGUAUAGUCAUUAUAUGGCCACACUCUAUAUAUUGAAACAAAAAAUCACACUUAGAAACAAACUUAUCAUACAGAUUUUAGUAUUCGAAAUCGUUAAAAGUUAGAAAAAGUCCUUAACAGAAAAUAUGCAGACUCUGGGCAAAAAAAAAUACGUUCAAAUUUUAUUUUUAUAAAACUUUGCAUAUGCUUCAAAUAUUCAAUAAAUGUAUGCAAAAUAUCGCACAACAUUUCAUUCAACCAUAAGAAAACUUUUGAAAUUGAACUGAAAGUUUUAGAAUUAAUAUGAACUAAUCUUAAUCUAUUCGAUGCUGGUCAAUUGAUUUUGCUAAUAAGGCACAUCUGCCUGAUCCGUUGACUGAAUCUCGAACAAAAUUAUUUUAUCUAUAUAUAUUUAACGAACAAUUUCAAUUGAAAUGAAUGCUGAUGAACAUAUUUUUUUAAAAUAAUUUCAAUAUUGACCGCUUGACAAAAGUUUUAAGGAACAAAUAAAAUCUACAACAUUAAAA